CUUUUUCGAUCGCGCGCUUCCAGAAACGCAAGGAGAUCUUCGGCCUCCAGCCAGACAGAGCUGCUUGCUUCUUCCAUCAUCUUUCCAAAUCAAACGGUGUGGGGUUAUUCUUCUCAAUGACUAUGCACUUAUCAGCGCUUCCUCGCGAUUAGCAUCCCCAUCCUCCUCUCCUCCCCCUCCUCUCUCUUUUCCCCCUCGUCUUCCCCUCCCAGUCCCGAGAAAUUCAAUGCUCGCCCUCGGCCUUGCGAUCUAGCCGGGUCCAACGAGUGUGGAUGACUUGAUUUGGCACAAAACACUGUUGAAACCACCGAUCAUCUUGCAGCUCCCCCUGAUCUAAAAUCCUACCCACCCCUCGGUGUUAGUCCGGCAUUCUGACCUGUCAUAUUCGCCCAAUAAAAAAAGAAAUCAAUCGCCAUCGCUACCGCUUAUGAUCUUCGGUUUGCGCCAACCAUAAGGAACAAUUGGGGCGCAUCAUGCCGCCGACCACAGCUCCCACCACUGCCACACCGAAGCUGGCCUCUCCGGGUUUUAAUGCUGGCGCCAGACCAUACCGGUCACACAAGGUUAGGGCCUGCGACUUGUGCAGGAAGCGCAAAUCGCGAUGCACCGUUGACAUCCCUGGUCAAUCAUGCCUAUUGUGCCGCGUUCAAGGAGCGGAUUGUCACUAUCAAGAAGAGACCAAUAAUGAUCCUCCACUCACUAAUGGCCAUGAAUCGAAGCCGUGGGUCCCAGAUCACACGCGCGUCUCGUCGCUAGGACAGAAACGGAAGCAUACCCCAGACGCAAUCGAUUCCCCGUCGCACCCCAGCCGCCGCCGCGCUUCCAGCAUCGCACAUUCGGACUCAGCCCUAGACCGUCGGAGAAGUGAUUCCAGGAGCCAAGGAGUCGAUGACCCCCAUAAUGAGUCGGUUUUAAUUGUUGGUCCUGUCGUUGCCGAGGAUGCCCAGGUUAUCGAGAGAUACAUGCCGCCGGAACGGACCAGCAAAUCGGUCGAACCAAAAAGCCAGCCAUACAACGUCUACUCGAGCGAUCCUCGGAAGCCCAUUCUUUACACUACUGUAUCCCGGCGGAGGCAGGGUAUGCGGGUUGGAGUUCCUCCCGGGGAAAAUCAGAAGGAGAUUCUCGAGCAGAUCCUUGGCCCAUUCAAGCGCGACUUAGUUAGACUAUUCAUCGACCGGUUCAAUGCAGCAUUUCCGAUCUUUGAUGGGGAAACUUUCUGGGAGGCGUUCUUGUCGGAGUCCCCAGGAGACCCGCCAGCGUCGCUCUUGUGCCAGGUCUAUUCAAUGUCGCUAGUCUAUUGGAAACACACUCCCAAGCUGGCCUGUCAUCCGAAGCCAGAUCCCCGGUACGCGGUCAACAUGACUGUCGCUGCGCUUCACGAAGAAUUCUCGGCGCCUGGGCUCUCAACAGUCAGUGCAGCCCUCAUCGAUCUUACCGGUCGGCCCAUCUUCUCAAUGACAGGAAAUGCCAUCAGCUGCGGGCGCAUGAUUUCCCUUGCACAUUGUCUCGGACUCAACCGCGAUCCAAGUCACUGGAAACUAUCCCGCCCUGAGAAGAACCACCGUAUGCGGCUGUGGUGGGGCGUCGUCAUCCAUGAUCGCUGGGGGAGUUUUGGUCACGGAGUGCCUCCUCAGAUUGCUAAAAAUCAAUAUGAUGUUCCUCUUCCAACGAUUGAAGUUCUGAUUCCCCAGGCUUCUCGAACCCCGGAGCGCGUGCGAGCUGCGCAUUGCCACAUUGCUCUGUGCCGGCUCACUGAGAUCUUAGGCGAGCUACUACCCCUUGUAUACGGCUUGCAGUCUCGAGCGCACCGCGAAACGACAAAGAAGGUGCGACAGAUCCGCACGGAUCUUGACGCGUGGGAGGACUCUCUCCCCGACUGGCUCCGCAACCCCAUCAGCACGAAUACCACGGAGGAGCGCAUCUCCGGUACAAGCAGUCUGCAGCUCGGCUUCCUUGCAGUGAAGAUGCUCGUCAGCCGUGUUGAACUCAACGAGGUCAACAACGCCGAAGCAGAUAAUCCGGAGGCGCGCCGCUACUUCCAGACCGAAUGUCGGCGAUCCGCCGAAGAAAUCGUGCAAUUCAUCUCAUCCCUCCGGAAGCAGAAUUUCCAGGAAUUUUGGCUCCCAUACAGCGCCUUCCACCUAACCACAACCGCCACCCUUCUCGUCCGUUGCGCCCUCGAAACCACCGACCCCGAAGUGGCCCGCUCUUGCCUAGCCAACGUCGAAACCUUCCGAUCCAUCCUCCGUCGUGUUCGCGAAGAAGAAGACUGGGACGUCGCCGACAUGUGUCUCGAUCACUGCGAGCGUCUCCUCAACCGCCUGAACAAUAGCACCGGCACCACCACCAGCGCUGAACAUCCGCCCACUUUCACAGAUCUUGGCCAGCCACCGGAUAGCACCCACCCUCAUCGACUAGUGAACCCCGCCGCCAUCGCCCUCCCAGAGACACAAACAAACAACGAUAUUGUCGACGACAUGAUGAGCAUCUCCGGGACAUUCGGCACGAUGGAUGGCUUUCCAUUCGACAUGACAGGGAUAUGGGAUGUUUCCGUAUUCCAGGAUGUUAAUCUGACAUAAAGAGUGCCGCUCAAAAGAGGAUAUAAUAAUCGUCUGGCCGCUUGCUGCCAUCCUCCUCAUUUCAACUUAGGGAGUGAACUUUUUUUUCUAAUGUUUGUAUUUGGUCUAACCGGCUACAAGGGUUGUAUUCAACAACAGUACGUGUGGAUCGAACAUAGGAUGGUGUGUGUGGUUUUGUGAAGUUUUUAUCUCAUAUACCCAACUUCGUUUGCGUCGUUU